UCAACUUCCUAUUUUACAUAUUGUAAUUAUUAUUCCCGGCUUGCUUCGAUCUCUUUUGCAUUUACCGGCUUCUUGUACAUAAAAUUAUUGUAUAAUUUCAAUUUCCAUAACUCUUAAUCAUGAUUAACGAAGAAAUAUCAACGAUUUUUGUUGUCGGGUUUCCUGAUGAUAUGCAAGAACGUGAGUUUCAAAAUAUGUUCAUCUUUUCACCAGGGUUUGAAGCUGCAACCUUAAAGAUUCCUCAAAAAGAUUCUUCGGAUGAUGAUGCAUCUGCCAAUGGUAGCUCUAUUGGAAAUGGAACAAUUAACGGGAAUGUAAAUAAUGCAAGAAAGCAAAUCAUCGGCUUCGCAAAGUUUCGUACUAAACUUGAAGCACUUGAAGCUCGAGACAUUCUUAGUGGAAGAAAAGUCGAUGCUGAAAAAGGUUCCGUUCUCAAAGCUGAAAUGGCGAAGAAAAACUUGCAUACCAAACGUGGCCUUUCGAAUGAACAAAACACUCCAUUCUCUCUACUUCCUCCUACUAAGCGCUUUUCAACUCCAAACACCAUUAAUACCACUUCUACCUAUGAUGCUUUUCAUUCUGUGCCUCCUUUUGCAGCCCCACCGCUUCCAAGUGAUUUAUUGUCUCCUCAAGAUUAUGGGUAUGAUUUUUAUUCAGACGUCAGCGUUUAUACUCCCACAACUCCUACUACUCCUGUUUUUGAUCAAACUCCUUUCUCUUCUACCCGUGGCUCUUUUGAUGCAACUAAUGGUGCUAUUGGUGGUUUGGUUGGUGCACCUUCACGUCCUCUUAACGGUGUCAGAUAUGGGAAAGGCAUUUUUGAUGAAGAUUUGAAUGGUUACUCUCUUUCAUCAAAAUCAAAUCCUGUCGAAAUAGUUUCUAAAACUGCAAAGAACCAGUCAAAUGGUUUUAAUACUGCUUUACUUGUUGGUGAAGAGUUGCCCCAUGCAAUGUCUGCUCUUUCUAUCAAUACCACUAUUUCACCAUCGGUCGUUUCUUCAUCUCCAUCAAUUCCUUCUCCUGGUUUUCGUCCUCCUAAUCCGGCUGACCAAAAUCCGCCAUGUAAUACUCUCUAUGUCGGUAAUUUACCAAUGAACACCUCCGAAGAAGAACUAAAAAAUAUGUUUUCAUGUUGCCCCGGUUACAAACGUAUGUGUUUUCGUACGAAACAAAAUGGGCCAAUGUGUUUUGUUGAAUUUGAGGAUGUUCAUUAUGCCACUCAGGCAAUGAACGAACUCUAUGGUAAUCUACUUAGCAAUUCGGUCAAAGGAGGAAUUCGGUUGAGUUUCUCAAAGAACCCAUUGGGAGUAAGAAGCAAUAAUAAUGGAAGUCAUACGAGUCUUAAUAGCUUUAAUGGAGAAAGACGAGGCUCAACCUAUAGUCUCAGUGAUCGCAGGGAUUCCACUUUCAGUUUGGAUAGACGAGAUAGUACUUACAGUUUAACUGAUCGUAGAGAUUCUUUUAGUUUGGAAAGACGGGAUUCUACUUUCAGUUUGGGAGGUAGAGAUUCUACUACUUUUGGUCAUGCUGACCGUAUUAAUUUGGAAAGAAGAGAUUCUUUCUUUACUCCUGAAAGAAGGGAUUCUUUGAGGGAUGCCUUCUUUGCUCCGGAAAGAAGAAAUUCUUUUUCUUUUGAUCCACAGUUGGCAUAAUAAUUAUUUAUUAAUUAUCAAUUUAAUUUUAUUUUAUUUUAUUAUCAUUUUUUUUUUAUACUUUCUAAUUACCUGUUUCUUGAAUACAAAUAUACAAAUAUUUUGUAACUCCUGGUUCUUUUAUAUUUUUUACAAACUUUUCACGAAGGACAUUGGAAAAUAUUAUUCAUAACGCAUAUAUCA